AUGCCUGGAGUACUAAAAGAGCCAAAAAAAGGGAUGUACCAAUUUGAUGCUAUAUCUGACUACUUGCUGCCAGGGAUCUCUCCUGAAGACAUACAAUGGGAAGGUGAAGAGCCUGGAAUCUCUCAUCAAGGAGGUUAUGGUAGAUCAGGUCAUGCGAUGAAUAGAUCCAUCGGGCGUGAUAGUAUUCCAGCUGCAGGAAGAGGUAGGGGGGUGUCAAAAGGUCAAUCCAGAAAGGAUUUUCCUCCAUCACAAAAUGGCAUAGGGAAGAAGGGUUCGGAUGAGAUUCAGUUACUUCAUACAGAUACUCUACUUAAGGAGGUGGAGAAGGUCUUUAGUGCUGGUCUUCUGGACCCUGUGGAAAUUGAAAAAGCAAAGAAAGUACUGAAGGAGCAUGAACAAGCACUCACUGAUGCCAUUGCUAGGCUUGCCGAUAUUUCUGAUGGGGAAAGUGAUGAAGGUGGCCAUUUCUUGCAUGGGCAACCACUGGACCGAGAAUGA